GUUCCGAUCAAAAUAUUUUGCAAUCUUUCUUGUGUGAUGCUUGUGUGUUAUUUGUAUGAUUUGUUUUCAUUCCCUGCGAAACUAAUUUGUCGAAUAUUUUAUAAAAUAGUUUAUGUAUUAAAUACCAUUUUUUAAUUCUCAGUUAUAUCAAUCAAUUGUUUUCUUUUUAUCAUUUUUGCAUUUUAUGAAAUCUUCAUCAAAUGAUCUUCUUAAAAUAAGUUUUAGCUGCAUGUUUGUCGGUGUUUGGAAUACCGUUUUAUUAACUAACUUAAAAUCAUGGCAAAUUCUUAAUUCAUUUCUAUGAAUCACAUAUUUUUAUAUUAUAUGCCAACCACAUAUGUAAUGAUUUUACUAUAUAAUUAUAAGUUUGCUACAUAUUGAAAUUAUGUAAUAAUUUAAAUCGUUUCAAAGAAGCAACAUUUAAUAUUUCCUAGUUUAAAAGAUAAACUUAAAGAAAAAGGUUGAAGUUUUUUUAACACAAAUGUUGUCGGAUCGCUAAUUUGAAAAGAUGAAUUCUUAUUUUCUCUGGAAGAAAAGCAAAUUGCUUGUUAAUCUCUUCUGUAGUGUAUAAAUAUGAAAAUAAAUAUAAUUCUCUUAUUACAAAAAUGGAUGCUGAAGAUACCUUAACUCACCCAUUGCCUCCGUUAGUAAAGUCCGCAUCUCGCAAUUCUAUUGAUGAAGGAGUUUCUUGGUUUCAUGGUAAAAUAUUGAGAGAUGAGGCUGAAAGAAUCUUAUUAGCAAAUGGUAACAUUGAUGGCUUGUUUCUUGUAAGAGAAAGUUCCUCUUCUCCCGGUGAUUAUGUUUUAAGUCUUGUAUAUAAUAAAGAGCCUGUUCAUUAUCAAAUUAGACGUCAUGGAGGGGAUGCAUUUUUCAGCAUUGAUGGAGGUCCUAUUGUUCAUGGACUGGAAAUGUUAAUUUCCUAUUAUCAAGAAGAUGCUGUAGGGCUUUCCACUAAAUUGGGACAAAUGUGCAAGGGCCAGCCUCCCCCUUCCGAUUCGAGAAGGCAUGGCCGAACUAACCUUCUUCACAGGGCUACUAAAGAAGGGGAAGUGACUGUAGUUCGAGAACUUGUGAAGUCGGGUUAUCAUAAUUUAGAUGCAAAAAAUCAAGAAGGACAGACAUCAGUUCAUUUAGCCAGUAUCAUGGGUUUUGAUGAUAUAUUAGAGGUUCUUUUGAAUGUAGGAGCAAAUCCCAGCAUUUUAGAUGGCAAUGGAUUAACUCCGUUACAUUAUGCUGCACAGAAUAAUUUACCAUCUACUAUGUCUGUUCUAAUAAAAUAUGAUGCAAACCCUCAAGUGCGAGCUUCCGGAUCUGGUUGGGUGCCAUUGCAUUAUGCAGCAGAUAAAGGAUACUCUGGUGUAGUUAAGUUACUACUAUCUUUGAAUUGUCCAUGCCAUCCUCGUUCCAACUAUAAUGAAACACCAAUGGAUCUAGCUUUGAAAAAUAAUCACCAUGAGUGUUAUGCCUUAUUAAAAAAUCAUAUACCCGCUGAACCUCUUUAUCCUCAAUCAGAAUGGUUCCAUGAAAACUUAGAUCGAGAAGGUACAAUAGAACGUUUUCGGGACAAUGGUUUUAAAGAUGGUUCUUUCUUGGUACGUCGAAGCACAAGGAAACGAAAUUUUUAUGUACUUUCUGUUGUUUCCAACAAAAAUACGUUUAACUAUGAAAUACAAAAUAAGGAUAAGUUCUACUUUAUUGAUGAUGGACCAUAUUUGGAAUCUUUAGAUCAUGUUGUUGAUUAUUAUCGUCGUAUACCAGAUGGUCUUCCAACUAAUUUGGUUUGUGCAGUGCCUCCAGAAGUUGCAUUGAACAAUAAUCACCAAACCUGCGAAUAUUUCUCACAGCAAACAAUUCCUAAGCCUCCUCCUGUGAAGAACUGUGUUUCAAAUGGGGAAAAGUCACCAGAAAGUUGUGCAGUUAAUGGAAGUGAUGUCCAAAGCUCUUGUCCUGUGUCAAAACCAAAUCUUAUCUGUCGAGAAUCAUUGAAGUUAGGUCUAUCUGUUGGUGAAGGAGAAUUUGGUUCUGUUUUGCAAGGAACGUGGAUAAAUCAAAACAAUACUGAAGUUGCUGUUGCUAUAAAAACAUUAAGAGAUGAACAGAUGCAGAGCUGUAGGGAAGAAUUUAUACGGGAAGUUGAAGUGAUGGUUGGGUUAAACCAUUGUUGCAUUGUUAAACUGCUUGGUGUUUGCCUUGGACCCCCUUUAAUGAUGGUGCAAGAAUUAGUUCCAAUGGGUUCACUUCUAGAUUAUGUGUUAGAUCAUUCUACUGAGAUCCACUUACAAGAUAUGCUGAUAUGGUCUGCUCAAAUUGCUUGGGGGAUGACUUAUUUAGAAAGUAAACGUUUUGUUCAUCGAGACUUAGCUGCAAGAAAUAUAUUAUUGUCCUCCAAAACUCAGGCUAAAAUAAGUGAUUUUGGAUUAUCAAGGGCUCUGCGAUCUGGUAGUGAAUAUUACAGAGCCAGUACCGGUGGAAGAUGGCCUGUAAAAUGGUAUGCUCCUGAAUCUAUAAACUAUGGUACCUUUUCUCACGCAAGUGAUAUGUGGAGUUAUGGCAUCACAUUGUGGGAAAUAAUUACUUUAGGAGAGCCUCCUUAUGGAGAUAUGACUGGCACUGAGGUUAUUCAACUAAUAGAAGCUAAUAAUAGACUUGAAAUUCCUGAAAGUUGUCCAGUCAGCAUUAAAAGUAUAAUACAACAGUGUUGGUUAUAUAUGCCAGAGAGGAGGCCUACUUUUAAAAUGCUCUACAAAAAAUUUUGUUCAGAGCCUGAAUAUUGCUGUAUAUGGGAGUUUAUUAAAUGAGUGAUAAAUUUAAAAUUGUAUUAUUAUUAUUAUUGCAAUAAUUGUGAUUACUUUUAACAUUGGUUGUAAUUUACUGCAUUACCAUUUUCUUGCAUCAUCGCAUGUAAUGAAAUUUAUUUUGUGCUUACUUAAGCUUCUUUAAAGGGUAAUUUAUUAAAUUGUAACUCUGUUAAUGUAACUAAUGCUAUUAACUUAAAUGGCCUUUUUAUUGAUAAUUGGUGUUGUUAACUCUCCAUACUUACUAUAAAAUCACUUUAAAAUAAAUAUUUUCAGGACAUAAAAAUUUGCCCAUUGAUGAGGAGUGUUUCCUUAGUAACAUUUAAUGUGCAAGAAACAUUAGAAGUUUUUUUUUAUUUACUUGAAAAGAAAAAGAAGACUUAAUAUUUUUAUAAAUUUUUAAGAGGGAGCAAUUUUAUUUUCUGUAACGAAUUAAUUGUCACAUUUUUGUAAUGUUUAAUGAGAAAUCUAAAGAAUUAGUGUGUUACAUUUGUUAUCAAUUUUGUGCAGUCAAUAUAUGGUUAGAAACCUAAUUGCGAACUCAUCAAGAUCCUAAUAUAUGCUUGCUUUGCAUAAUAAUUUUCUUGGCAAUGCUGAUUUGUUAUAUUUUAAUUAAAUUAGGUCACAUUCUGAAAGCACAUAAGCAUUAAAAUUCACGUGUAAAACCUCUAUAUUUAUGCUAUUUUUAAAUAAAUUUUUAUUGUGACAUUUUUUGGUCUUGUAAUAUUCUAAGAAUGUGACUUGAAAAUUAAUUUUUUUAGGCUUUACUCCAAAGUAUAGUAGAAGCAGUUGCAAUACUUAUGUGUCAGAUAAAUGGCUACUAUGAUCUAAUAUAAUGAAUAAGUUGUUACUACGUCCAUUUAAAAUUAUUUAUCAAUCAGUGAAAGAAGCGAUGGAGUAUGCUGGUCACACAAUUUAGUACGAAAGUGCCAUUACAAGAGAUCUCUCUACCCUCUUAUUCGACCAAAAGCACUUCUUUGGAAGAGGAAACACUUUUAGUUAAUUUUCUAAAAAAUAAUGCAGCACUGAGGCAUUUAAAAAACUGAUGUUGUCCUUUGAACAGCUUUAAUGCCGUAUAGAAUCAUAAGUUUCCUUUCCUAAUUUUGUCCUUAAGCAAACACUCACUCGUGCAAAAUUUUUGUAUACAAGAAACACUAAUAAAAGUGUGUUGUUUAUAUCAAUAAAGUAGAAAACAACUGUGAUACUCAAAUUAUUAUCUCAAUUCAAAGAAAUGAGUGUAAAUUUUACUAGUAAAUGCAUACUCCCUUUAGAAGUCUGUUAAAUAGAAUGCGGUUUUACAGCAUUCAUUUUAUAUAUCCUCAUUAUGUUUAAAUAUUAUGAGUAUUAAAGCUCAAUGUUUUAGAGAAAAUAAUCAAAAUGAAAAGUCAAUUAAAUAAUCUACUCACUAUAUAAAAAUAAUAUCUUUGUACGAAUUUCUAUCUAUCUUUGUACUUUCAUCAUAAAAACAGUUUCUUCUUGAGUUUUUAUUAUUGAGAAUUAGUUGUUUUGUUAAUAUUACAUUGUGUCAGAAUAGUUCAGUGAAUUCAUCUUAUAAGCUUUUAUCUUGUGACUAAGCAGUUUUUAUACUGAGUGACAAAUUAAAUUUCUUUAAUGUUGUUUCUUUAUUUGUUGUUUGUAAUAGUAGGGUAAUUUUAUAAGAUAAUACUUACACUAUACUUGGUGGUAGAAGACCUACAUAAAUUUUUAAUUAAAGAACUUUAACUUUUUAUUGAGUACUUACAAGCUUUCAUGUGUGUUUUGUUUGUUAAAUGUGCUGUUUACCGAUCAAAUCUAAAGGAUCACAUUAGUUAGUAAAUGUUUUUAAUAUGUUAGCCUAAAAAUGGCUUUUCUGCGCAAUGUUAAAAUUUUGUAUUUAAAAAAUGAAAGUUAAGAUAAUUUUUUAAAAAAGCAAAACGCAAUUAUAAUUGAAGGGCUUAGUAGAUAAAAUAGGUAUGUAUUGUUCUAACCUUAAAGUUUUCCUAAUUGAUGUUUUUGCUUAUCUCUGUUUUUGAAAUUUAGUGAAACUAUACUUAUUUGUGUUGAAAUGGAAAUUUGUGUAGAAAUAGUGUAAAAGAGUGUUUUGAGACUAAUCUAGUGAUCUCUACUCUAACAUUUAUUGUCUAAUAUGAAUUGUUUGUUUAGUGUAUGGGGAAUCCUUGAAUCAUCUUUUAUAGCUUACUCUACAAAAACAACAGCUUUUGUUAGAUUUACUUGGUCUUUUUUUUGUAAUAAUGCAAAUAAUUAAAAAAUUAACUAAAGUAGAGAAUAUUUAGUUGUAUCUUUUUAUUUUAUAACUUAUUGUUAAGCAAAAUUUUGCUACAUUUUAAUUAUUUGUUAUUAAAUGUGAAAGUUUAAUGGAAAAAAAAAUUUUUUUUUGAAGUUAAUAAAUUUGAAAAUUAUAAAAUAUUUUUGCUUAAAAAUGAUAAGCAGUUCAACUAUAUAAUAUUUGAUGAACUUGAUAUCCUUCUUCUAAUACUUAUAAAAAUUCAUAAUGUAAAGGGAAACACGAAAAAGUAGUUGUAUAAGAGGGGAAAGGAUUAAACAAUUUAAAAUGUGUACUUCAUUUAGCUAGUAAUAAGCAAGUAUCGCUUUGUUUUAAAACUAAGCUUGCUCAAUAUUUUUAUUAAUGAGAAAUUCUGUCUGCUCACCCCUUCAAUUAUUAGUGUAGAAAUGUAUAUUUUUUCCAGUAAUAAAUAUGCAUAAAACUAAGCAUGCUUUUAAGAACUAUAUUUGUGUAAUUUUAUUCUUGCCAUGUGAAUUUCAUUUACAAUAAUGAUGUCAUAUUUUUGUAGUUUUUUUAAAAUGUGUCAAAUGUUCUCUUGUUUUUACUUGUUGUUUAAACAGAGUUUAUGUAGAGGCUGUUUAAUUAUUGGAAACUUUUAUUACUAAAAAAAUAUUUAGUCAUUUUUAUAUGUUUUUAGGUAAAUAAAUCAAUGUUUAUUUGAUAUAUAUAUAUUCAGNAUAUUGUUAGAAACUGGGGUUUUAUGUUUGGAAUGGAUUAUUUAUAUUAAAGAAUUGAUGCAUUCUUUAUGAUUGAUUUUUAUGUACAUAAUUUGUGAAAAUAUAUAGUCUGGAAUUUGUGUAUAUACAUUGUUGUUUAAUAUAAAAGGUGUUGUUUACCUAA